AUCAUGAAGUAGUCAAGUCUAAUGGCAACUGUUCACAGGAAGUUUGCUAAUGUUAAAUUUCUUUCAUACUGUUUCAAACAAAAUACAAGAUCAAAUAUUUUAAAAUAUAUAUUUACAAAUAGACGUACAAAGAAUAUUUAUUUUAAAACGCAAUUGAUAAUGCGCUAGGUGAUUCACAUUUGUUUUCCGAAAGAGAGUCGAUGGUCGCAAGUUGCAUCACGUGUGCGUUGCGGCCAACGGGAAUUAAUGCAGCUGCCGCCAUAUUCUCUUGUCCCCCUGCGAGAGUUGUCAGGGUAAAUUUCGGAAUGGAAGAAUUAAAUUCUUAAGCGUGUGUGUACUUGUGCGCGAAGCCAUGGCCAAGGGAAACAAUAAUAUAAGAAAUAAGAAGCCACAUUCUUCGAAGCCGUAUGAUGUGUCAAAUUCUUUUGUUAAAAAGGUGACAUCAGGUGUGAGUAGUUUGCUACCUCAAACGUCUUGGUUAAGCCGCUGGUUUGCCUCGACCACUUCAUCUGGAGAAGAUACUCCUACUUCAACGAAUAUUGUAGAAGAUCAUGAAGAACAUCAUUCACCACCUACUAAACGUGCCAGAAUUCCAUUGAAUCGCUCUUUUCCUGCAAAUAGUUUUCGUGUUUCAUCUCCUAUAGAUAGAGGUGAAACUCAUCCUUGGCCAAGUGAAUCGGUUGCCAGUCCUAUUCCUAAUGUGUUCUCGGAUUCUGCCGUUGCUGGUCCCAGUGGUCUUAGUAGGACACCUAUAGCAUCAGGUCCAUUUCAGUCUACCAGUACUGCUGUGGAAGGUUUGGAUGGGAAAAUCAAUGGCGAUGGGGGAUCUGACAGUAGUGAGUCAACCAGUGGCUGUUCAUCACUGGCUCCACAAAGAGCUCCUUCUAGCAGUACCACUGCUGCACAUCGUUCCUCAGUGGAUAACAAAUUGUCCAACCAUCUAUCAUCUUAUUCUCUUUUUCCUUCUGCAACGCACAAGCUUAGUCCUUCAAUUAAUCCGUCACUCAGUAGAAGAAGGCCAUCUUUCAAUGUCUCUUCUUUUGGUUCUCCAAAUCUUGAUUCAAGUAAAUUAUCUCGAGAAUCUUCACUCAAUUCUCCAUUCUAUAUUGGUCGCACUAUGUAUGGAGGAGCAUCAGCUUAUCGUCGCCCUAGGGAAGGUGCCUCUUCUGAGAGCUUUUUGUCUUCAACACGCCGUGGCGGUAUUACUGUUCGUCCAGCUAAUGAGAAAACCCAAACAGCUUCAGCUGAAACCAGUAUGAGUCAGACUGCAAGACGCAUAUUAGAAGCACUUGAACAGUUUUCAUCUCCUGUGUCAGAUGCUCGUCGAAUGCCACUUCCACCUCAACCAGUUUUGGGUUCAAAGCGUAAGAGAAUAUUGGAGACUUCACCGACCAAAUCACCUGCAGUUCCUGCUGCAAUUACAAACCCACUUACCAUUCCAAUGCCUCCUGAACGACUGCGUUUACACAGGCUUCAAGAUGUCACUGAGGCUGCGCGAAGAAUUGCUAGCUCAGUGUCAAGUACUAAUAAGUACACUAUAAGAAGCAAUGAUGAUGGCAGUCUUCGAGGGGGCACUGGCAAAGUGACAAAAUCCAAACCUUUGGAUGAAGAUGAACAGCUAUUGCCAGUGAAUCUCCCUAACAUUUCAUUGCCUAUAACAACAUUGCCUUCUUUUGAUUUAUUCAAAAUACCCGUUCCAACCACCAGUGCAAAUUCUCGGACAUCUAACAAUUCAUCGAAGUUUACUGUUAAAGAUGGGGAAUCUAGUGACACAGUGGAGGUGGAAAAGAGCAAGACAUCUUGUGCUACCUCGUCUACUAUCAGUGGAAGUAGUAGCAGCAUUGUAGAAACAGCAACAGCUUGUAGUGGCUCAGAUCCUUACCAUGUUACUAAUAGCUCUGUAAAACUAAAAGGCAAAACAGAGAAAUCAAAUAGUAUAAAUUCGUCUGUUAUGCCCAAUUCAAGUGUGGUUUCUUCGUUUAUGGCCAAAGGUGCCCAAUUUUCAACAGUAUGUGCUGAUAGUGAUAAUAGUCCAAUGACUAAUGACUAUUUCUUCUCAACUCCUACAGUUCUACCUACUUCAAGGUCCAAGGAAUCUAUUGAGUCAAAAACUAGUAAUUUUGAUUUUUCUAAGCCUGAAGUGCUAGACAGUGGAAAAUAUACAAGUAAACUUAAACGAAAUGAACCAAAUGGUUUCCACAAACUUAACAGUAACUCUAAAGUUGAUGAUGUCAAGGAGUCUGUUGUGUUAAGUGCAAGUCUCAAAGAAACCUCUGGAAAAAUGAGUGCAAGCCAAGAGAGUGUGUGUGGUGCAGAAAAUGUUGCAACAAAUGCAAGCACUACCAAAAGAACUCAGAAUAAUGGGUGGGGUGCUAAAUUCAGUGUACCAGAUUCAUGGGAAUGUUCUUCUUGUCUUGUUCGCAACAAAAAAGAUGUGAAAAUUUGUGUGUGUUGUGGAGGUAAGCAACCUUCUACUCAAUCUGAUUCCAAAAAUAAUGAUGAUAAACAUCUUAAAAAAGAUAAAGAAACUCCUCUUAUCUCUUCAGGAUGGGGUAGUAAUUUUGCACUUCAGUCAGGAAUGUGGGAAUGUUCUACAUGUCUUGUUUGGAACAAAGCAACUGAAGAUAAAUGUGUAGCUUGCUCUGAACCUCGACCUGCUGCAGAUAAACCAGGGCCAGGAAAAGCAGAAGCAGCAGCGACAGCAACAACCAUCACAACUGCAGGCAGAAGUGCCGGAGCUGGUGAUUGGGGUUCUCAGUUUAAGUUGACAGCUGGAAAAUGGGAAUGUUCAGCAUGUUUUGUACGAAAUGAAGAUAAAGAUCAGAAAUGUGUUUCAUGCACAACACCUCGAAAAACUGAAACAAGUCGUAAAAAAGGUAAUGAUUCUGUAAGUGGAGAAGUGAGAAGUGAUUGGGGACAAAAGUUCAAGAAACCAAGUGAUAGUUGGGAAUGCCCUGUAUGCAUGAUUCAGAAUAAAAGUUCUUCAAUGAAAUGUGAUGCAUGCGAAGAACCAAAACCAGGAAUUGAUACAAAUCGUUCUAGUACUGGUAGCAGCAUUAAAUUUAAUUUUGAAAUGCCAUCUGGAGCAUCAAAUUUCAAAUUUGGAAUAGAUAAGGCUGAGUUGAAACAGUCUGAAACAGUUAGUGCCACAUUCGCGUUUGGAGGAAGUACCAAAACUGAGGCUUCUGGGGCACCAGCGCAGAUGAAUUUUAAAUUUGGUGCACCUUCAGCAGAAAAUAAAAUUCCUUCAGGAAUUAAAUUUGGUAUCUCUCCUGCUGUUGAGUCUUGUGUAUCUGUUGGGAAACAGGUGUCUAAAGUUGGAGAAAGUGUUACUCCAGCAUCUUCUGAAAACGCUUCAUCUCAGACUUCGGGCUUGUCUCAAAAGCCAUUGCAACUGUCAGAAACUUCAAAAACCUCUGGCAUUUCCUUUGGAAUUCCAACCAGUGAAAACACUGGAGAAUCUAAAGCAUUGGCUAAUGCUAAUGAAAGUGAUUCGCUCAGAAAAGACUUACAGUUCACUGUUUCUCAAAGUCCUCUUGCAAGUAGCAUUGAGGAGGCAAAUAAUAAAGGGACAUCAUUUGCCGCUCCAGUUCAGAAUACGGAGCAGAAAAAUGUGAAAGAAGUAAAGCCAAGUUUUAAUUUUGGUUCUCCUUCCCCUGCUUCAGUUACUUCAUCUACUUCAUUAGCUUCUAGUGCAUCUGUAUCUUCUGCUACAACAAAAGCUGGUGGAUUUACUUUUGCAUUAAACACAUUAUCAUCUGCUUCAACCACAAGUGUUGCUGUGACUACUACAGCUAAUGUAGCUGCUCCCAUUUCUAGUACACCUUCAUCUUUAUUUGCUUUUGGAAGUAACUCCACAUCAUUUAAACCCACUACAAGUGCUCCUGCUUUUUCGUUUGGUACUCCAAGUGUCCAAACAACUGCAAGUGGCGUCUUUGGAGCAGCAGCUGGUGGCCAGUUUAAGUCAUCUAGUGAAGGAGUAUUUUCUAAUAAAUCAGUGGCUCCUGCUGCAGCUGUUUUUGGAGGCAGUUCUCCUGUUCCACCCAAAAAUGCAUCAUUGCCAAGUUUUGGAUCUAUCACUACUUCUCCUACAUCUGUUACUUCCACCACAAUCACCACCACUACCGCCACCAGUGUUUCAACAUUUGGUAACUCCGCCUCUGUAUUUUCAUCACCCAGUGCCACUACAGUAUCAGUUACAUUUGGUUCUGGAACGACAAAACCGGUUUUUGCAAAUGUUAAUAGUGGUUUUGGCUCAGCUACUACUGCUGGAGGUAUUCCUUCCACUACUACAGUUACAACUACAAACAAUACAUCAGUUCCAACAUCAAGUUUUGCAAUACUAACCACUUCUGGAAGCUUUGUAGUUCCUGCUUCAACAGCUUGCUUUAGUACGACUGUUCCCACCUAUGGGAGCUCUACCACUCCUACCGCUCCAUCAGGUUUUGGUGUCGGUACGACAACUGCAAGUGUACCCACAACAGUACCAUCAACCCAAACACCAGCAUCCAGUUUUGGUCCUCCGCCACCUGUUGCAUUUGGUGCUACCACAACCACUGGAAAUAGUUUUGGAACAAACAAUGUAACACAGAGUUUUAGUACGACAGCAACUAAUGUAUUUGGCGCCAGUAAUCCGCCAACCUUUGGAUCUGCUUCUACCCCUGCGUUUGGGGCUGCGUCUGGGGUUGCAACUUUCGGAAAUACUUUUGGUGGUGCCACUACGACAGCACCGGCCUUUGGAACUGUUGCACAAACUGUUACCACCACCUCAUCCACACCCAGCCUGUCUAGUUUUGGAGGAUUUGCAAAUGCAUCUAAACCUGCACAAGGAAUAUUUUUAUUUGGAUCUAAUCCAGCCACGACAACCCAGAGUUCAAACUUCUUUAAUGUAGGAUCUCAAACCAGUGGAGGCCAAGGAACCCUGCCUGGUUCAGCUGCUUUCACUUUUGGGCCUGGAGCAGCUUCCAGUGCCACUAAUGUGACAACAUCAACAAACACUACUCCAACUGCUACUGCAGCUGUAGCACCUGCAGCUGCCACCCCAACUUUUGGUGGAUUCAGCUUUACAGGUGGAGCAUCUGCUGCAGCCUCUGGUGCCCCUGCGCCAUCAUUAUUUGGCAAUGCAGCACCACCUCCACCAGUCUUUGGUACGCCUUCUGUGCCAUCUGCAACUCCAGCAACUCCUGCUUUUGGAGCGGCUAGUGCGCCAACUGCUAAUGUAUUUAAGCCACCUUCAUUCAAUUUUCCAUCUGGAGGAGCUCAGCAGCCAUUUUCCUUUGGAAGUAGUGCUCAGCCAGGCACUACUCCAGCAACUGGCUUUUCCUUUGGGCAAGGACAACCACCUACACAAUCUCAGUCACAGCCUCUGCAGUUCAAUCCAAAUGUACGACCCACAUUUAAUUUCACUGGAGGAGAAACUCCUCAGUUCACAGCUUCUGCUCCAGCAGCUCCCUCCCCAAAUCCUCAGCGGCGUGUUAAAAAAGCUGUGCGGCGCACACAACGGCAAUGAGUGCGUGGAAAAUUAUUGGUGAAUUACUUGGUUAUUCUACCUCUCUGUUUGGUAGUCAAUUGCAGAAUAUGAAAAAAAAAUUUCUAAAAGGAACACUUCAAAUUUCUGAGUGUUGUGCUAGAAAAAGACUGGUAGUUGUUCUACCAUGAAAAUUGAAAAUAGUGAAGGAACAUGUGUGAGAAAGGUAGUUUCGAUUUCAAGAUGAAUCGGUUGCAUCUGGAAGAUUCAUUAAUCAGUGACCUAUUUGUAAGAACAAAUUUCCUUGGUGUAGUUCAAGGUGGUUUGUUCCAGAACAGUCAGGCAUGGUUACAACUGUAUAGAUGUAAACUAUGCCUACUGUUUUCCUUCCCUCUUGUUGUGGAUAAGUGUUUUGAUGUGCUGGGCAUCUUCUACCCAGCUUAGCCUGCUGCAAACGAUCCUUGAUACGCUUAGUCCCAUAUUGAAGUCUCCUUUUGGUCAGGAGUCUUUCAGGUCAUUAUUAAUUUAUUAUUGCUCUAAUUUUGUUGUAGAAGUUUGAAUAAUGGGCAUCACUUUUAAGUCCAAUCAAAAUGCUAAGCGUGAGGGAACGUUACUGGCAGCAGCAGCAGCAGUUAUUCUUAGCGGUUGAAUUAAUUGCACUAGGGGUAGAUAAACAAUGAAACAUGUUUUAUAUAUAUAUGAAAAUAGAACACAUUGUGGCCUGGCCCAUAGAAUUUAUUUUGAAUUUUUAAAUUAGUAAGGCACUCAUAUUGGAGUGGGUGCAAUGAUACAAGGAAACUGUCUGUAAACAAUUGUAAUCAAUUGGAAACUGUCUGUCACAUUUGCUAGCCGGUGUCUGCAAAGGAAAAUUACCUUUUCUCCACUGGCAAGCAGCGACUCUGUGAUAUUCUACUGGGCCAGGUCGGCAGGCAGGCUCACUCCUUGACUACCGGCGCUGUUGUGACCGGGCUCAAAGCCUUUGUUUUUAUUUGUAAGAAAAGGGAUGAAUGUGAUGGCGUUGAUGUGUGGGUUGUUUCUUAAGAAAAAAAAGGUCAAAAAAUCUCUUGUGUUUGUGGGAGUUUUUAAAUGUUUAUUAGUUACGAAACAUUUGUGUGAAAGGAGUUAGACUGCUUGAUGUGUACAUACGAUGCUAAAUGUUACAGCCUUCUUUAUUUUUUUUAAUUAGUUGCUGAAAAUUUCAUCUGUACAAAAACAAAUUUCUAUUUGAACUUAGUACUUGUGUGUUAUAUUUUCAGAGCAGUAGAAGGUUGUGAAAUUGAAAUUUUGAAUAAAGUUGUUACAAGGAGGUGCAGGGAUAUAGCUUCCCUAUCUACUCUAGGGCCGGCUGUAAAUAGCUUUUUUCCUGCUGGUCGUUACGAUGAAGUUUUCAGCGUCAUAUAAAAAUAUAUAUAUAAUUGUGCCUUUAUUUUUUUCAUGGUGUUUAUGCUCCAUUUGUUGAAAUGUCAUAUGUCAUACCAUGAUUUGUGGUUUAUUAUGAUGUUCCUUGUGCUUGUUUGAAGUCUAUUAUUCGGUUUAUUGCUGUUUUGAUACUGACCAUUUCCAGGUUCUUCCACAUUUGUUUUUAUCACUAAUUCACCUUGACUGGAAAUUCAUAUGAUGACAUAUGAUAUUUUACAAUAAUCUGGAACAAAUAAGUCAGGUUGUUCAACUAGUGCAGGCAUAUGUACUGGUACAAUUGUUACACAGUUCAAAUUACAGAUUUGAUCCACAUGUUUUUGUCUUAUUUUGACCUAAAUGUUUGCCCACACUUCCCCUGUAGUGCUAUUAGAAAACAGAUAUGGAAGGCUACUAAUUUAAGAGUGGAGAUUUAAUGACAAAUGAAAUUUGAGAACUUUUGAGUGCUUUGUGUGAAUUUGAAUCUUUGUGGUAGUUUUUGAUGGUUUUUAUCCGUGAAUAAGUAUGCAAAGCGUGUCAGUGCAUAAGCCUGAGCACAUAUAUAUGUCAGGUACAGUGAAAUUUUGUUCUUUAUUGAUGUUAAAGCAGACUUAAUGGUUUUAUUUGAUGUCAUAUGGGCUAUUUUUACUUGUGUACCUGUGUAAUAUUUGCAAAACAUUUUCAGAUAUUUUUUUUUAGUAAUUUUAAUUUGAUUAAAUUAAACUUUAUACUUUUUAACAGUGAAAAGGCUAGCCAUGAGGCAUGACACUUGCUUUCUUGGAAGGUGACUGGGUAUCAUGCAUCUUCAUGGGAGGAUUAAAGUUGGAUAAAUUAUGAAUUUUCAGAAAAAAUGUAUGAGGCUGAAGCAACUUCAAGGUGUGGAAAGGGAGCUAUACAGUUAUUGUUCUAAACAAACAUAAUUCAGCAUGAAUAGCAGCAAGUGGCCAAACAGAUUUGAGUCUAGUACCUGUAUUUUAUGUAAAUCUUAUGUUGAUGGGUUUUAUUUACAGCUGUGUUCUUGUAGUUCUAACAUUGCUAUGACAGUUUAUACAGUUUUGUUUACAGAAGAAUGAAAAUUAAAUUGGCCUAUUCAAGUACAUGGAACAAAAGUCCUGUGUAUUCUGUGAGCCUUUCCUCUGCCCUUCUAUGCAAGCAUAUUUAUUGCAUGGUGCAGUGAAGAUGCUACCAGGUUUGGAACAAAUUAAUUAUCACAGGAAGAUUUUAUAUUAAUAAAAUCAAACCUAUCUUUUACAAGUCAAAUGUAAAUUAGUUUAGUGAAAAAAUUUUAAUCCUACCUCAUUGAUUUUUCAACUUCACUUACAUCGCUGGCUCAAUGUUACAAGGUUGUAUGUAGAACAGUGCUGCUUUUGAGAAAUAGGCUUUUAAACUUUUGAGUGCACUCAUAUCAUUUUUGUACCAAGAUCUAGGCUGUUCGCCCUACGCUGCGUCAAUGGCUGAGGUGCCGACAUUUCGGCCAACAUAUCGCGGUCGUCUUCCGGGCAGUACAGCUCUGAAGAGGACCGCGAUAUGUCGGUCGAAACGUUGGUACCUCAGCCAUCGACACAGCGUCACCCGGACAGCCCAGAUCAUGACUCUGGC